GCUUGAAACUGACCGUGGAUCAGUACAGAACUGGCGCAUCCUGGAUUGCAGGAUAGAGGAAGAGUCACGAGUUGAAUACGGGGGGAGAGAGAGAGACAGACAGCAGGUCAGUCAUGUGAGGUUCAGGCGUCUUCAGGCCAGUCCGGGUUCUAGUUCGACAUUUUUAAUAACAUCCAGAAAAAUGUUCUCGUUUGACGAAGCCAAAGCGAUGUUAGAGUCUGCCGGACAGAGCCAUGUCCUGCGCUUUUGGCCCGAGCUUUCUGCAGAGGACAAGGGUGUGUUUCUGGCGGAUUUAUCUCAGCUGGAGUCCACUGAGCUGAGGCGCCACUGCCGGGACGCCGCUGAGGCCGCUAGCCGGGAAUCAGGUGAGGAAGAGCGGCGGAGCUCGAACAUGGAGCCGGUGGAGCCUGAGUUUAUGGGCAGCGUGAGAAGAAGUGAGCAGAGCUCAUUACAGCACUGGGAACAAGAAGGUUUUUUACAGAUAGCCCAAAACAAAGUAGCUGUCCUGCUGUUAGCUGGUGGACAGGGUACAAGACUUGGAGUUCCGUAUCCUAAAGGAAUGUACAAUGUCGGGCUACCCAGUGGCAAAACACUAUAUCAGAUCCAAGCAGAGCGGAUUAGAAAGGUGCAAGAACUGGCAAGUGUGGAAAGUGGUUCUGACUGUACAAUUCCAUGGUAUAUAAUGACUAGUGAGUUUACCCUGGAUCCGACUGAGAAGUUCUUCAAAGAAAACAACUACUUUGGCCUGGACCCAACCAACGUGGUCAUGUUUGAACAGAGGAUGAUCCCAGCCGUUAGCUUUGAUGGAAAGAUCAUUUUGGAAAAGAAAAAUAAGAUCGCCAUGGCACCAGAUGGGAACGGAGGCCUUUAUCGUGCCCUUAUAGACAACAAGGUUCUGGAGGACAUGGAGAAAAGAGGAGUGCAGUAUCUACAUGUCUACUGUGUGGAUAACAUCCUUGUUAAACUGGCAGAUCCCAUGUUUAUUGGUUUCUGUGUAAGCAAAGGAGCAGACUGUGGUGCCAAGGUGGUAGAGAAGGCAUAUCCAUCUGAGCCUGUGGGUGUAGUAUGUCGUGUAGAUGGAGUUUACCAAGUAGUGGAAUACAGUGAGCUGCCACCUGAGAUAGCAGAGCAACGCCACCCUGAAGGAGAGCUGGUGUACAGUGCGGGAAACAUCUGCAAUCAUUUCUUUACCAGAGAUUUUCUAUGGGAGGUCGCUAAGAAUCUGCAAGACCAAUUACAGCAGCAUGUAGCCAUUAAGAAAGUGCCAUUUGUGGAUGAAGACGGCGACCUUGUGAAACCCACAAAACCAAAUGGAAUCAAAAUGGAGAAAUUUGUCUUUGACGUCUUCCAGUUUUCAAAGAAAUUUGUUGCCUUUGAGGUGCUGAGAGAAGACGAGUUCUCUCCACUAAAAAAUGCAGACGGUGCGCCUGUUGACACACCGACCACAGCGAGGCGUUCUCUUUUGGCUCAGCACUAUCGUUGGGCAGUGAAAGCUGGGGCCAAGUUCCUUAAUGAGCAUGGGAAUCCUAUCACUUCAGAAUACAGAACUGCUCAAGAUGUAGAUCCUCCAGCGGUCUGUGAAAUCUCUCCACUUGUGUCCUAUUUUGGAGAGGGUCUGGAGAAGCUGCUGAAAGAGAAGAACUUGAAAUCCCCUUUUCUUCUGAAUGAGGACAAUGCCAAAAUUCAGAAUUUUCAGGUUCUUAUCUGAAGAUCAUUUUAUACUUCAUUAUGUGAAUCAUUGUUAUAAAACUAAAUAAGGCUAUAUAUUUUUCCAAUACAUAGCCCAUAUGUUUACAUUAGGCAUGGGCAAUAUGCCAAAAAUAUAUUGUGAUACUGGAACAUAUUUUUACAAAACACGUGUACUGUAUUAUGAUGAAUUUUCUCAUAAAACCAGCAUAACUGUAAU